AUGCCGCGCCACAAACCCAUCGAAUGCAAGACCAUCGACGGCACCACCAUCUCCGGAUGGCUCUACACCGUCGACAGCCCAACCCCCGCCCCCGCCAUCAUCAUGUCCCACGGGUUCAACUGCGUCAAAGAAUUCACCCUCCCCGACAUCGCCGAGACCUUCCACCGCGCCGGCUACAACGUCCUCCUCUACGACGCGCGCAGCGUCGGCGCCAGCGGCGGCACCCCCCAAAACCUGCUCGACCCGCUCCAAAUGGCCGAAGACCUGUCCGACAUAACCACCUACAUGACCAGCCUCCCCAGCGUCAACCCCACCCAAAUCCUCCUCUGGGGGAUGUCCUUCGGCGCCACCAUCACCAGCACGUGCGCUGCCAUCGACCGUCGCCCGAAAGCCCUCGUCCUGGUCUGUCCCCUCUUCAGCUACAUUCAACCACACAAAGCGGACAAGGCCUACGCACAACUCAUCAAAGACCGGAUCUCCCAGCUCCGCGGAAAUGAACCCUACUCGCUGCCUCCGUUUUCCCCGACGGGUGACAACCCGAUUGGAUUCGGAGGCGCGGGGGGACCCGGCGGCGUGCAAGCGUAUCGGUUGAUGAAGGCCGCGGCGGAGUUAGGGAAUCCGGGGUUUCGCGAUCGGAUUGCCUUCCAGACGUAUCAGAAACUGGCUCUGUAUCGGCCGAAGGAGUAUGUGGGGAUGGUGAGGGCGCCGGUGUUGAUGGUGAUUCCGGAGGAGGAUGAGAUUUCCCCGCCUGAGGAGCAGAGGGAGGUGUUGGCGCGGUUUGGGGGGGUGAAGAGGGAGUAUUGGGCCGUGGGGAAGGGGCAUUUGAAUGUGGCGACGGGGGAGGAGGCCAGGGAGAUGGUGGAGAAGACGUUGGAGUUUUUUGGGGAGGUGGUGGGGGGGGGGCUGUAG